AUGGCGGCAGCAGCGUCGGCCAACGACAAGUUCCCCAAGGUCCAGGGCGGUGGCAGCUUGAUCCUAGCCUGGCAGAUCAGAAACAAGCAUGUCCUCGUCGUGGGCGGUGGCGAGGUCGCCGCUGGCCGCAUCCUCAACGUCCUCAAUGCCGAUGCCAUCGUGACCGUCGUCUGCCCGGCCGAUGGCCUCAACCCGGAGGUCCGCCACCGCGUGGCCAACAAUGAGGUCCACCACAUCGACCGCGUCUUCGAGCCUUCCGACCUCGAGUCCCUUCCCGCGAGCAACGGCAAUGCCCCAGACAUGGUCAUGUGCGCCAUCGACGACCCGGCCGCCUCAACCCAAGUCUGGAAGCUCUGCAAGCAGCACCGUAUUCCCGCCAACAUCGCCGAUGUCCCGCCCGAGUGCGACUUCUACUUUGGCGCCGUCCACCGCGAUGGUCCCUUACAAGUCAUGGUCAGCACCAACGGCAAGGGUCCUAGGCUGGCUGCCAGCAUUCGCAACUUCAUCGCCAAGUCGCUCCCGCCCAAUGUCGGCGACGCCAUCACACAGGUUGGCACACUGCGAAGCAAGCUGCGCCAGAUUGCGCCCAAGACGGAAGAAGGCCCCAAGCGGAUGCGCUGGAUCACGCGCGUGAGCGAUGCCUACUCGUGGAACGACAUGGUCGACCUUACGGACGAGGACAUGGACAACCUGCUCAAGUUCUACGGCCCGAAUAAGGUGCCCGAUCUCGAUGUGCUCAAGGGCAUGCGUGGCGGCCGCGAGGCCGAGGAGAUUGACGUCUUUGAUGGCUCCUUCGGGUUCUGCAUCGGAGUGUGA